AUGGCAGAGAUAUAUGCUGAUGCGGCUGCUGCCGCAGUGGGUGCCGAUGAUAGUGAUGAGGAGCUUGGAGCUCCUGCUGGGGCAUUUGUGCCUCCUGGGAACCCGUUUUCCCCAGCGUCUGCUGCAAGCAGAGCACCGCCGAACGAGGAGCGGUUGAUGCAAGUGUUGGAAAACCUGACAACCCUUGUUUCCAACAACACUGCAGCGCCUAGGGAGCAGGCGAUCCGAGGGCGCGACCUUGCAAAGGUCCUCAAGGCUCCUGAGCCUUUCCGUCGCAAGGACCGGGAUGCAGAGCUUUCACUGUGGGCUAAUUGGUCUUGGGAGUUGGAACAGUACCUGUCUUGUCUUGAUCGAGCAUUUGGCGUGGAGCUUCAGACAAUCCGUCGUAGGCCUGCCAAUCCGAUUGCACUUGCAUCCUUGACUGAAGCUGAAGCAGACAGGUCCCGACUUCUUUAUGGUGUCUUAGCCGGGCUCUUGCAUGACAAAGGCAAGCGAGUCUUGAAAUCCUUGACAGAUGCAAACGGGUUUGAGGCAUAUAGGAUCCUCAGUCAAGAUUUAAUGCCGAGUUCGCGCAAUCGCAUUUUGGCGUUGUUGCAAGCAAUACACUCGUGGCCCGCAUUUGACAACCGGACCGGCCUUAUGACCCAACUCACCCGCUUCGAGAGUGCGGUGAAUGAAUAUGAAGGCCUGACUGGCACUAGCAUGUCAGACGACAAUCGUUUGGCCGCCGUUCUCCGAUGUCUGUCCGGACAACUCAGGACCCAGGCCACCGUCUUGAUCACAGAAAGCUCCACGUAUCAGGAUCUUCGGAAUUUGAUUGAGCGCUGGGACACUUCCCAGACAAAGUGGAGCACUUCGAUUGCCAGCACGUUUGGCAUUGCAUCUUCGUCCUCAGGCGGUCCCGCGCCCAUGGAGAUUGAUCGUGUCGCAUGGAAUAAGGGCAAGCCUAAGGGCAAAGGUGACAAAGGCAAAUGCAAGCCAAAAGGCAAAGGUCAUGGUGGCAAGCCACAAGGCGGUAAAGGUGGUAAGAACCAGGGCAAGCCAAAAGGCAAGGGCAAAGGCGGCAAUACUCCCAAAGGUCCGCCUCCUGCAACUGAGACUCGCACCUGCCGUUACUGUGAGCGCAAGGGUCACUUGGAGAAGGAUUGCUGGCUUAAGCAAAAGCAUGAGAAAGGCCGUGUCAAUCAGGUUUCCGAGGUGCAGCCGUCAGACAGUGCAAGCCAGGCUGCAGCAUCGAGCACGGCAACCACAGCCGUUCGCCGUGUGCAGGUCUUUGAUCUUGGUGACACGUCAAGCUGGUUUGCAGGCGGCCAUGUGCGUGCCGUUAUAGCCGAGCCGGGUUUGAGAGCCAAGGCAAUCCAGUGCCCCACAGGUUGCAUGCCGAGAGGGAUUUCAGAAUUUUCAGAUUUUGAUUUUCUUGAUGCAAUGCGUGCCAGCCACCUUGGCUUGGGAUAUCCAGUUUCAGAUGUCUUGACAAUUUCGGGAGUCGAGCGCUUCGAGUGUUCGGAUGGCUUGAGCGAUUGUCUUGAUAACAUUUUCAACGGGUUUGAGAGCCGAGGCAAUCCAGUCCCCACAGGUCGUUUCGAAUUUUACGAUCAGUGCAGCGUGCCAGAGGGUCCCAUUUUGCUUGAGCAAGAUCAGUGCAGCGUGCCAGAGGGUCCCGGGUCCGAGUGUGACCACAGCUUCGACAUGUCAGCUUGUGAUGCCAAUGCAGGGUCGUGGUGCAUAGCUGCAUCGACCUUUGACCUUCAGGACGAGUCAGACUGCAGCGGGAUUCCUCAGUUUGUGUGCGCAGUGCAUUCCAUUGACAUGUUGGUGCACGACUCAGAAGCUCAUGAGAUCAUCCUUGACAGUGGAGCCGACAUGAGUUGCCUGCCACUUUGCUAUGCCACGCAUGGCACCAGUCAGGGCGCCGGAGGCUUGGCAUUGAAAGAUGCACAGGGCGAGCCACUUGCUGUGAACGAUUUGAGAGAAGUUGAUUUCGUUUUGCAGAGUGAAGAAGGUGAGCCGAUUGUGUGGCGAGAAGUUUGUGCGAUUGCACCUGUCACUCAGCCUCUCUUGUGCAAGGGCAAGCUCAUGCGUGCUGGGUGGUGGCCACAGCGCAAGCCCACCAUGUGUCUUGAGCAUGACAGUGGCAUCCGAGUGCCGAUGAGCUUCAAGGGCAAUUCGCUAUGCAUCAAAGCUGCCAUUUACCGUGUCGGUGAGCAGUCUGUGAAUCCUGCACUCCAUGUCAGGUUUGUUCAAGCAACGAUUGAUGCAAGCAUGAUUGAUGCACCGUUUGGAUGGCAGAUGUCAGAGCAGGGUGAUAUGUUCUUCCGCGGCCGAGGGUCGCACUUCAUCGAUCCUUCCAUCGUUGCCCCUGUUGGGUGGCCAUGCAGAACCACGCUUGUGAAGCCGUGCCGAGACGGCUACGACCACUGGCUCCUGCUUGAACACUGUGUGAGCUGGGGUGAGCUUCAGGAGUUGUCUGCUGUGCUACCGCACGGGGAAUCCGAUGUUGUGUGUGUGCUCACGACUGAUCGAGCGCCGCUUGAGGACAUGAUGAUCGUGCCAAGCAGGUCAGUCAAGGACUACAUCAGUUGGAGCGGGCCGCAGCCAGCAGAUCCCAAUGCAGGGGAGCUUGAUGAAUAUGAGCCCAGUGAUGAUGGAAUGGCAGAGGCUUUCGAGCCCGCCGAGGUGAGUGUGUCUCCCUUGCCUGAUGUUGAAGUUGCGGAUGCGCCGAUGCCGGAGCGCAAGAGUGAGCGAGAUGUUCUGGUGUAUGAUGGCGUCGAGUUGUCUUUGGCAUCGACUUUGAAUGUCAUCAGAGCUUCGUGCAAGGCUGCUGGUCUUUCCCAGUCUGGGAGCAAGCAGCGCUGUCUUGACAGGUUUAAGUGUUAUCUUGAGAAGCAGGACAUUGCUCUGAAGAGUGAGGUUGCUCAAGCAGUCGAAGGCGACAGCACGCGUGUUGCAAAAGGUCAGGCAAUGAACAAAGAGCCAUCGAAGGCCGAGCGUGACUUGCACAAUCUCAUUCACUGGCCUUUCCAAGGCUGGUGUGAUCACUGCUUGUCCAUGCGCGGGCUUGAGGACCGACACCAGUCGAUCCCCGACAGUCCCGACCGGGACACUCCAAUUGUAAGCUUCGACUUCUGUUACACUUCCGUGACCACAGAUGAUUCAGACCUUCAGCACCACAAGCUCACAAUUUUAGUAGCGCACGAUACAGCGACAGGUUCAGUUUUCGGACUUCCGGUUGCAAGCAAGGGUAAAGAUGGUUUGAAAUUUGCAGCGAUCGAACUGACCAGAUUUGUGCAGUCGCUGGGGCAUAACACGAUUGCCCUUCAGACCGACAAUGAGCCGAGCACUGUCGCGCUGCAAAACUUGAUCAUCAGUGUCCGAACAAGAUUGAACUUCAAAACCGUUGUGCGCAAUGCUGCUGUCGAGUCCCAUGCCUCCAAAGGGUAUGUGGAAAAGACGGUUGAUCUGCUGCGAGGGCUUUCCAAUGUUUUCCUUGACCAGGCCCGUGCCAAGUUCGGUUUAGGCCCUGAUCACCUAGGACCCAGUCACCCCUUGAUGGCAUGGAGUUACGUGCAUGCAGCGUUCAUCCUUAACAGGUUUGCUGUCAGAGGAGGUGCCACCGCUUUUGAGCGAGCAACCGGGUUCAGGUAUUCAGGCAAGCUUGGAAUGUAUGCCGAGCCCGUCUGGGGCUACCGAAAAGGGAAGCACAAAGGCGACCGCCGAUGGCACAGAGCCCUCAUGCUGACUAAGAGUCCAAGCAAUGACAUGUAUGUUUUGUGCAACUCUGCAGGAGUGUGGCUCACCAAGUCAAUCAGGCGAAAUGACAAGCCGUGGGAGUCCGAGCAGAGUCUGGCGAUUGAUGCCAAAGGAUUUCCUUGGGAUUAUCAGCUUGGUUUGCUUGGCACAAAGGUUGUUCCACAGGCUAGGCAUCGCGUGCCCAAGCCAGCUGACAAGGGUGAGCCCGAUGCUCCCCAAGGUGAGGUUCAGGUUGAGGCGCCAAGAAUGCCAGACAUGCCGGCCAUGGCGGGGAUCCCUCCUGCACCUGUGCCAGCUGAGUCAGUGCAACCGCCAAGCGUUGCGGCGGGGACCCCAGCGCCUUCUUCGAGAGCCACGCUUCUUCUUGACCGGUCUGAUCGUGCUCCGACAAGUGUUGUUGAGCCUGCUGCACGAAAGUUCCCUACGCCGUGCACCAAGGAGCUUCUCAUGCCGGAUGCAAGCAAGGAGCUGGACUCUGCUCGAGCAGCCAAGUACCGCAGCGCCGUUGGGAUAGGCAUGUAUGUGUCACAGGAUCGGAGUGACAUUGCUUUCACGGUGAGGGUGUUAGCCCAGAACCUUAAGGCACCGACCGAGCGCGGCUGGCAGUUUGCGCAACGCCUUGCAGGGUAUCUUGUUGGAACGGCCGGCUACGCAAGCAAGGUGCAUGCCAAGGGCGAUCGAGCAAGCAUUCUUGAGCCACCUGAUGCCGAGGAGUGUCUUGAUGGCGUUCGGCUAGAGGUGUUCUGUGAUGCAGACUGGAGCGGCAACAAGCAGACUCGCCGGUCGAUGAGCAGCAGCUCGUUCUUUUUGAACAGCUGCUGCGUCUAUACUUCCUGUAAGAGCCAACGCUGCGUAAGCCUCAGUAGUGCGGAAAGCGAAUUUUACGCCCUGGUAUCCGCGGCGUGCGACGGCAUCUACCUGAAAAGAGUUCUUGAAUACCUGCUUGAACUACCGGUAGAUCUUUUGAUGAGGACUGAUAACAGCUCCUGUCGCCAGAUAUCUUUGAAGCAGGGUGUAUCAAAGAUCAGGCAUCUUGAUGGAAGGUUUCUCUGGAUACAGGAGAAGACAGCCGAUCGCACACUCCGUGUGCAGCCGGUCGAUGGGAGAAGGAACCCAUCGGAUCUGGGAACCAAGGUGCCGUGCUCAGGAUCCCGCCUACGUGCUUUGUUGUGCAUGCAUGACUUUGUGUGCUGUGCGGGUGACUGCAUAGAGGAGGUAGGCCGUGCAGAGCAUGAUGCGUUGUUGGAGCAGUUGCAGCGUGAGCGUGAAACACAGAGGGUUCGCAGACUUGUGUGUAAGACGCUGAAGAGCAACGGGAUGCAGAGCUUCAGCACUGCAAUGAUGGUGAUGAUGCUGUCACUUGUGCAAGGUGCCGAGAGCAGUGGUACCAGGCGUGAAGUCGGUGUGCAGACCGAUGAUGAUGCACGGUGGGCGCAGUCGCUGGCCGUCUUGGUGAUUUGCACAUGUGCUAUCCUUCUUGCCUUGAAAUCUUUGAGCCUUGGGCGGCUAUGGACCACAGAGGGCAAUGAAGAUGACAUCACCUUGAACAUGAGCAAUGCCAGCACCUCCACCGAAGAAGUGUAUGAGCAGGGAACCGACGGUUGGUGGAAUUGGGUUCCAUUGACUUUCACCUGCAGCCUUUCAGCGUUCUGCCUGGCAAUCAUGAUGUGCCUGCGACGGGUGCGAGCCUCACUGCAUGCCGCUGAGCAGGAGAACGAGCGCUUGAGCAGAUUGAUCGCUGAAAUGAACUACGACCGUAUCGCUUGGGGAGAAUACCACGAGGCGAAAGAUCGAACAAGAGAGAGAACGCUGCCAAUGCCAGAGCCGAACCGUGCUAUCUUCAUAGAUGGCGAUGCCGCACGCGGUUCCAACGAUGUGAUCCAGCAUGUGCCUGAGUUGCAUGUUUAUUGCACUUUGAGACGAGGCAAGUCGUACCACAAAAGCAGGAAUUGCACUUGUCUGAACAAUGCUGAUGAGAUCGUGAAGCUUGGAAUCGCCACAGCCCGUGAGCGAGGUUACAAGCCGUGCGGAAGUUGCUUUGGUGGCAGCAAGAAACAAAAGUGA